CAACGCUAAAAAAGGAAGAGAAAAACCAGACCAAUCGUCUUCCUCGUUCGAGAGCCACCCCCGGGAGAUUCGCAGCGUCAGUUGAACACACUGACAUGUCGACGCUCCUUAUAUUGCUCUGUCUGCAUUGCUCCGAAUCGCUGUCCCCUUCACUUCCUCGUCCAUGCUGAGCCUCUCUCCCGUGCGUCCCAGUCGCGCCGUCGCAGCGCGUCGCCGUUCUCCGAUCGGUCCGUUCCCUCGCCGCUCCCCCUCCGCCGCCCGGAACCUCCGAUCCCUCUCCACGGGAGGAGGAGCGUCCGGGAUUUGCAUGCGCCCCCGCGUGAGGAACCGGUCGCGGCCGCGUUGAAGUCCGAGGGCGAAUUUCGUUGGCGGAGCAUACGAUGCGUUGCUGCUCCUCGGGAGCUCGAGUGCAGCAGUGGCUUCGUGAUUACGACAGGCUUCAGAGCUUGGCCGUCAUUCUCAUCUACAUCCAGAUUGCUUGCGCGCUGAUCGGAUCUCUGGGAGCAUUGUAUAAUGGGGUGCUGCUCAUAAAUUUGGGGAUCGCGCUCUUCGCGCUUGUGGCGAUCGAGAGCAGCAGCCAGAGUCUGGGUCGGACCUACGCCGUGCUUCUCUUCUGCGCCAUCCUCCUUGAUGUCUUCUGGUUCAUCCUCUUCACUCACGAUAUAUGGAACAUCUCAUCUGAAAGUUAUGGCGUGUUUGUAAUCUUUUCAGUGAGGCUUACCCUGGCGAUGCAAAUUGUUGGGUUUUCUGUGAGGCUAUCAUCCUCAUUCAUAUGGAUCCAGAUUUACAGGCUAGGAGUUUCAUCUUCGGAAACCACAGCUUCUCAAGAACCAGAUUUUGAUUUGAGAAAUAGCUUUCUAAGUCCUGUGACUCCUGCAGCAGUUGGACGAUCCUCAGAUUCUGACGAUGUCUUAGGAGGCUCCAUUUAUGAUCCUGCUUAUUUUUCAUCUCUUUUUGAAGAUAGGCGAGACAAUGGAUUCUCAAAUGGGGUUGAAAGUUUAACCAACAAGCCCCAGAAUGAUAUUAGCUCAUUAACCAAGACGUAACAUGCUGAGAGUUCAUUUAUCAACUGUCAAUCCCCAAAUAUCUUGAGAUUCUCUGGGCUCAUUCAGUGCAGUCACACUGUGCAAAAGCGUGGCCUUCAUGUAAGCACCAAUUUGUAGCCAAAUUCUUUCCCUAAUGGAGGAUAGAAUUCCAACUUAAGAUGAUUCAACGUGGAUUUCUAUCCUGAAAUUUUGGGGGUCACAACGAAUUUGCUUUUGGAGCAAGAGCAGCUCCAGAGUUUAUGUUGAGCCGGAAAUCAAGUACAGAAACAGAACGCCUCAGAAGCUUACUCGUUACACUCGGAUAGAUUGCGCACUAUACUUUUUGUUCUCAUUGGCUGCACUUCUUGGAAGUUGAGAUGCCUUCGCUGUUACAUGUCUGGUAACUUCUCAUCUUCAAUAUGACCUUUGAUGUCCCUGAAACAGAUUGGUUGUAGCUUCAUGUUCAUAUAAUUCUUUCUAUUUUUCUAGAACUGUGAGGAAGAAUAUACAGGCUUGAGAUGUACCUCGAAAAUUUCAUGGUAAAUUAGUUUCUCCAGUUUAAUAAUUUCUUUCAUGCGGGCCAGCAAAAGAUGCUACUUAGUUCUUGAGUCGUUGUUCAGUAAUGUGUCCCGACUUUGAAAUGCGACUACAGUUUCCGAGGUUGUGGGUUAAAAUUUGGACGAUGAGAAGCUUUCUUCUCCCCCUUCACGAGUCUGACAUAGUUUCCUUGGAUGUGGAAGUACUAAGCUCAAUUAUGAAUGGUUGUUUCGGCCAUCGUUGCUUGAUGGA